ACUGUCCUGCAAACUCCCAUAUGCUUCAGGGGCCGUAUUCCACUGAAGAAAUCGAGGGCCCGAGCGCGAUGCAUCCCUUGUCUUACUGCUUGUUAAUCUUUUUGUGGGGUAUGGAGUUUUGGAAGCAUGCAAGUAUCUUCCCGAGAGAGAAGGAAAACGAGGGCUGGCUCCCGGGCAAAGGGAAUUGCCUAUGGACGUGGUAAAGUUUGUGAACUGUUGAUGGAGCUUGGGUUGCUGACCAGAGGGGACACCGCCACAGAAACUGAGGGUGGAAAGACGGGAUCAUGUUGUGAGCUGACUGGUUGUUAGACCAAGGUGUCAUUAAACAUUCACCACAACACAGUCCCAUCAAUUCACCAAGAGGCUCAAGGUUUGAGAGGCUUCUAUGUUGACUUACUGGAGGCUCAUAUGUAGAUGCCCUUUUUACUUUUUUUUAACCACGCCUGCGCAGCUCCCUCACCCUCAGCUUUGGGGACACUGAGUCUCAGUAACGUGUGCGAAAGUAAAGUGUCAUUUCCCUCCUUUCAUCCAACAGUAAAGAAAUUGGAGUACUAGUGUGAUACUUGAACCUGCGACCUUGCAAAGAUGGGGCAUUUCGGUUAAUAAGUAGUUGGUGACUGACUCUCACAAGCUCCUACAAUGGAAGAGGCAGAGGCUAAAGACCUGGGUGUGAAUUUGAUCAGAAGUUUGCUAUCGGUCACCAAACAGUUUUGGAGUAACAAGUGCAUUGAACUAAGUUCCCUGGACCCUAGUGCUAGGGGUGAAAAAUUAAGAACCAAAUAACAAAACAUGCUAGUACUAAUAUAGCAAGUAAAGGGGACAGAUGGCAGAAAGUUCCAUAUCUGACUACUUGACUGCAAAUACCAGCUAAGUCUAUGAGAAGGCCUACUCACCAAGGCCAUGGAAGUGGAGGCCACAGAGGCCAGGACCCCAGGCCCCUGCUACAAGCGCUCUGGCCGCCGUUAUAAGUGCCUGUUUUGUACAAAGACGUUCCCAAAUGCUCCCAGGGCGGCCCGCCAUGCUGCUACACAUACACCGACAGACCGCGCAGAGGAGGCAAAUGAGGUGCAGCCCAAGGUGGAUACGGAGCCCAAGGCCGAGGAAGCCAGUGGAGACAAGGGAUCUGGCUCUGUAGCCAAGCCCCGGCCCUAUGCGUGCCCGCUGUGCCCCAAGGCCUACAAGACAGCUCCUGAGCUCCGCAGCCAUGGGCGCAGCCAUACUGGUGAGAAGCCCUUCCCAUGCCCAGAGUGCGGCCGCCGCUUCAUGCAGCCAGUGUGCCUGCGCGUGCACCUGGCCUCGCAUGCUGGUGAGCUGCCCUUCCGGUGCACACACUGCCCCAAGGCGUACGGUACACUCUCUAAACUGAAGAUCCACCAGCGUGGGCACACAGGUGAGCGGCCCUAUGCCUGCACGGACUGCGGCAAGAGCUUCGCUGACCCGUCGGUGUUCCGCAAGCAUCGGCGCACGCACGCAGGUCUGCGACCCUACAGCUGUGAGCGCUGUGGCAAGGCCUAUGCGGAGCUCAAGGAUUUACGUAACCACGAAAGGUCCCACACGGGUGAGCGCCCCUUCCUCUGCUCAGAGUGUGGUAAAAGCUUCUCUCGAUCCUCUUCACUCACGUGCCACCAGCGUAUCCAUGCAGCCCAGAAACCCUAUCGCUGCCCGGCCUGUGGUAAGGGCUUCACACAGCUCAGCUCUUACCAAAGCCAUGAGCGCACACAUUCAGGCGAGAAGCCCUUUCUGUGCCCUCGGUGUGGCCGCAUGUUCUCUGAUCCCUCGAGCUUCCGCCGCCACCAACGGGCACACGAGGGCGUAAAGCCUUAUCGCUGCGAGAAAUGUGGCAAGGACUUCCGGCAGCCAGCCGACCUGGCCAUGCAUCGGCGAGUACACACCGGCGACCGACCCUUCAAGUGCCUGCAGUGUGACAAGACUUUUGUGGCUUCCUGGGACCUCAAGCGGCAUGCAUUGGUGCACUCUGGACAGCGGCCAUUCCGCUGUGAGGAGUGUGGGCGAGCAUUUGCGGAGCGAGCUAGCCUCACGAAGCACAGCCGCAUGCACUCCGGCGAGCGUCCUUUCCACUGUAAUGCCUGUGGGAAAUCCUUUGUGGUGUUAUCCAGCCUUAGGAAGCAUGAACGUACCCACAGGAGCAACGAGACUGCAGGAGCUGCCCCCCAGCAGGAGUUGGUACUGGGACUAGCACUGCCUGUUGGCGUAGUCGGUGAGGGCUCAGCAGCCCCCGUGGCGGUUGCAGGGCUAGGGGACGCUCCUGCGGGGCUGCUAGGGUUACCGCCGGAGUCUGGCGGUGUAGUGGCCACACAGUGGCAGGUGGUGGGCAUGACUGUGGAGCAUGUGGAAUGCCAGGAUGCUGGCGUCGGGGAAGCUCCUAGCACCCUGGGAGAUGCCGGAGAGGCGGGGGGCGAGGAGGCGGAUGAGAAGCCCCCACAGUUCGUGUGUCGCGAGUGCAAAGAAACUUUCUCCACACUGACAUUGCUACGCAGGCACGAGCGCUCACACCCGGAGCUUCGGCCCUUUCCCUGCACCCAGUGUGGUAAGAGCUUCUCAGACAGGGCUGGGCUCCGCAAGCAUAGCCGCACCCACAGCUCUGUGCGCCCCUACUCCUGUUCCCAGUGUCCUAAAGCUUUCUUGAGUGCCAGUGAUCUGCGCAAACAUGAACGCACCCAUCCUGUGCCCAUCGGGACCCCCAUACCCUUGGAACCCCUUGUGGCUUUGCUAGGAAUGCCAGAAGAAGGGUCAGCGUGAAGUUUAUAGAUCUCUCUGCUACACUUCCAGAAGAAGCCCAUCCCUAGUCUCCAAAUCCCUGUCUCUGGGCAACUCGCUCAACUCUCGGUCCACAAAGAGCUGUGGACAGUGGAGGCUGGUAGCACUUGUGAGGGAGACUCAUUAAAGCAUUGGCUUUGAUACCAAGCCGUCUCUGUAUUCUGGUUCAGUUUACCUUCAGUGGGAAUCUGGGAUUAGCAUACAUUGGAAGGGUCUUGGUGACAGUCUCUCACAGUUUAGCCUAAUCCAGAACUCACUAUAUAGCCCAGGCUCACCUAGAAUUCAACCAAUCCUCCUGUCUCAGCCUCCCAAGUGCUAGAAUUACUAGGACUUAACCACCACACCUGGCCCUAAAAGGUCUUGAAUUGCAUUGAUUGCCGAAGUAUAUUUUGGGCUAUCUUGUGAAAGAGUUUUCAUGCCAAGUUGGUACAAGAAUGUGUCUGUACCUCUGAGAAUAAUUGGUGACUAAGAGGUGUAUUAAGAGUAUUAGUGCUUCAGUGAACAAACCUAUGUGGCCUAGUUUAGUCUAUAUUGAGGAUCAUGAAACCUUUACUGAUCAAGUCUAUCCUUUCAAAGAUAUCCUUUUAAAAAGUUUAAUCUUUAAAUUCAUUGCUUUUGCAUUAAAUCACAGUGUGGCCCAGGCUGUCCUCAAACUGGUACUUCUCCUGUAGUCUCCCAAGCACGUCAGCACUCCUGACUGUUUCUUACUUUUGUUGUGAAAACAACUGGUGUUUUCCUCCCCUGUGUGUUUGCUACCAUUUCUUUGUAUUUCGUGUCAGCUGCUUGUCAGUGUAAUGGAACCAAACUUGGGGUGGGAGCAGAGUAUUUUCCAUUUCCCCAGAGUUGUGAAGUUUGUAUCAGCCCUGGAGCCGGUUACUACAUGCAUUAUGUAACCGACCUGUGAAGGUCACGUUGAUCUUCCAAUGUUCUCAAGUUUAUUAGAAUGGCCAGUGUCAUUGGCACAACUAGACAACAGAAGUUGGCUUGGGCACAUGGCUUAUCACCGCCUGAUGUUUGCCUGUGUAUGGAAUUAGGAAUGGUUUUCAAAACAUCCACGAGAACUUUAAUGUGCACCAUUCUGGUGUAUAGAAAGAGCUCAGUUUUUAACCCAAUCUGAAAAUCCAACGUUAAUAUAGAACAUCCAUUUUCUCUUUGUUUGUUUUAUUUUUUGGUGUUGGGUGUUGAAGUUAGGGUCUCAGAUGUAUUAAGUAUUUGCUCUACCACUGAGCUACACCUUCAGCCCAUAAUACUUUUUUUUUUUUAAAAAAAAACAGGUGAUGUGUUUGACUCGCUAAAAACCAAAACACUAGAAUAGAACAUACAUGAUUGGCACAAAAUUAAAGUCUGAGUGACGGAUCCAGAGACAUCUGUGCAUGUGUUUGUGAACUCACUAUGAGGGGAUCCAGAGACAUCUAUCCCUAGAUCUGUGAGCUCACUGUUACUUAUUUUCAAGUUUUGUAGUGGUGAGGAUUGAACCAGGAGCCAUAGGCAUGCUGGGCAAACACUAUAGCAUGAUCUAUAUCUCCAACGCUUUGUUUUACUUAUUUUGAAACAGCAACUCACAAAAGUGACUAAAACUGACCUCAAACUCCCUCUCUCUCUAGAGCAGAGCGACUUGGAACUUUUAUUUUUUUUUUUU